AUGUCGUCGUAUGCCGUUACACAAGCCGAACAAAGAGUCAACAUCAAUUGGUGGUUCAACUUCACGAGAGGGAUCGGCUGCAAUUGGCUCGUGGGCUUGGCGGUGUAUCUUGCCACGAGUAGCAAGGACAACCUCUCCAAGAUCGUUGGUAUCUGGAUACCCAUCUGGGCUUUCAUGGCACUGGGCUACCAGCACUCCGUGGCCAAUUUCUUUCUCGUCCCGAUUGGAAUGUUUUACGGCACAAACUUUAGUGUUGGCAAGUUCAUCUACCAGUCUACCAUCCCUGUCACGUUGGGGAACAUUGUUGGCGGUGCUAUCAUGACGGGCGCUUUCUUAUGGUUCUUAUACGGGCGUGAUGAUACAUUGGCUACACAGACUGGGCAACUUCUGAGUGGAGAAAGGGAGAGUCGAGAGAGGCAUGUGGCCUAUAGCUCUGGAUCUGAGGAGGAGACAGUGACAACAGGGAACCACGGAAGAAGCAGACGAGACGAUAAUAUGGUUUAA